AACCAUUACAUGUUCUAUGCAGGGGCGGACUGACCAUUUGGAAACUCGGGCACUGCCCGAGGGCCCGGGGUCAGUAGGGGGCCACAUGAGAUGCCCCUGGUACCUUUUUCAUAGGCUUUUUUGAGUUUGGGCAAUGACACAGGGGCCCCAUGAUCCUCUAUUGCCCGGGGGCCCCAUGAGUUGGUAGGCGGCCCCAUCAGAUGCCCCUGGUACCUUUUUCAUAGGCUUUUUUGAGUUUGGGCAAGGACACAGGGGCCCCAU